GCACUUUUGGCCAGCACAAAUUCAGAGCUUUCUCUUGUUUUCUCUACGGAACCUUCUGGCUCAGAAGCACAGAAACAAUGAUUAAGAAAAUGAGUCCCUCAGAGAAUGAGUUUGACAUCCCGGCGAAAAACUGUUACAGGAUGGUCAUCCUCGGGUCCACCAAAGUUGGCAAGACCGCAAUAGUGUCCCGAUUUCUGAACGGACGUUUUGAGGAGCAGUACACGCCGACGAUUGAAGACUUUCACAGAAAACUCUACAGCAUCAAAGGAGAGGUGUACCAACUAGACAUAUUGGAUACUUCGGGAAACCAUCCCUUCCCAGCUAUGAGGAGACUGUCUAUUCUGACAGGUGAUGUUUUCAUCCUGGUUUUCAGUUUGGACAACCGUGAGUCUUUUCAUGAGGUGCAACGACUAAAGCAGCAAAUCUACGAGACCAAGUCCUGCCUUAAAAACAAGACAAAGGAGAACGUGGACGUACCGCUGGUCAUCUGCGGAAACAAGGGCGACCGCGAGUUCUACCGCGAGGUUCAGCGAGAGGAGAUCGAACAGCUGAUCGCCGGAGACGAGCAGUGCGCGUACUUCGAGAUCUCCGCCAAGAGGAACACUAACGUCGACCAGAUGUUUCAAAGACUAUUCACCUUAGCUAAACUGCCAAACGAAAUGAGCCCGGACCUCCAUCGCAAAGUUUCCGUGCAGUACUGUGACAUUCUGCACAAAAAGUCGCUCAGAAACAAGAAGCCGAAAGACGGCGACGCGUACGGCAUCGUGGCACCUUUUGCGCGCCGACCUAGCGUGCACAGUGACUUAAUGUACAUUAAAGAGAAGGCGAUAGGAGGCGGACAAGCUAAGGAUAAGGAAAGGUGCAUCAUCAGCUAAGACUGACCUGUUAAAAUUACUGGUGCGAUCACAAUGAGAUGCAACCGUUUAGCGGCACUCCUGGCAGAAGUGCGCGCGGUUGUUACGCCUAUUGCCGUCUGCGGGGACUCUGAAAGUACCGCAUUAGCACGGCGGUAACAAUAAAAAAGUCAUCGGCUUGAGCUCUCACAUCGCCAAGUGGAAGCGCAUGUUCUGCUCGCUAGACCCUCUGUACAGAAUAUUGACUUUGUUCUGUCAGAGCGCUCUGUCAUGUGGCUUUAAAUUAUUGUGAGGCUCUUUUCAACUCCAUGCUUAAAAAUGUGCUUUAUUAGACCAUUUGCAUUUUUUGAGUGCUGAAUGGAGACGCCGAACGUGGGGAUGAGUUGCAAUGUCAGUUGUUUACAUUUUUCUUUUCUUAGAUUUAAUCACAAAGA